AUGGACAUCCCGCUCGCUGGCGCGUCGACGCACACUGCGCAGACGAUUGCAUUUGCUUCACUAGUCGUUGCGGCUAUUGCACUGUUCCCCAAGCUCAAUCUUCUGUUCAAUUUAUCUAAAAUACCGGAAUUUGGCACAGCCAAAAAUGGGGAGAAGCAACGCAGCUUUUACCUCAAGUACGCCAUCGAGCUAUAUCGUGAAGGCAACAAGAAGUUCACAGACUCCAUCUAUCGCAUGGCAGCAAGCGAUGAAAUCAAAUUCGUAAUUGUACCCGCCAAGUUUCUACCUGAGCUGAAGAAACUUCCCGACGACGUCCUUGACGUCCGCGAAGCUGUCUCCAAGGCUCUGGAAAGCAAAUAUUUACCUCACGAAGCGUUUGAUGAUAUCCUCACUCACAGCGCAAAAGCUGAUCUUACACCCGCAUUAGGACGCCUUAACGGCGAUAUUACUGAGGAAAUUGAUCUUGCCUUGGACCGAGCGAUACCACCAUGUAAAGACUGGACGAAUGUGAACAUCUAUAACAAACUACUCGAAAUCGUGGCUCAGGUGUCUGGACGCAUGUUUGUGGGAGCAGAGUAUUGUCGAGAUCCUACCUAUCUUGACCUUGCGGUCAACUUCACAAAUGACUUCAUGGGCGCAGUUCUUGCAAUCAAAAAUUGCAAUCCCUGGCUUCGCCGUUUCAAAGGACCGAGCCUCCCAGCAAAGCAGCGAUUUGAAGAAAGACUUCGGCGAUCGAAGGAAUUCCUCAGGCCUAUCGUUCUUGAGAGGCUAAGUGGAGAAAAAAAGUGCAAUGAUCUGUUGCAGUGGAUGAUGGAGCGUAGCAAGUCUCAUGGGUGUGGCAAUGAUGUCGAAGGGCACAUAAGUCGGCAGCUUACUGCAGCUUUCGCCGCUGUUCAUACAACCUCUAUGGUGUCUACCAACAUUUUGUACUCUCUCGCAGCAGCACCGGAGUAUCUCGAACCACUACGCGAGGAAAUCCGUACUGUGAAAGCUGCUCAUGGUGGGAAAUUGGAUAGUCGCGCUCUGCAGGAUUUGGUCAAACUCGAUUCCGUUAUGAAGGAAGUCAUGCGCAUGUUUCCGGCCAAUAUCACCGGCGUUGGUCGUUACGUCCGCAAGCCAAUCACUCUAUCUAACGGCCAGUAUAUUCCCGCCGGCGUGAUUAUCGAAUGCCCCGUCGACGCGAUCCAUUUCGACCAAGAUACUUACUCAGAUGCGGAUAAAUUUGAUGGCUUCAGAUAUUACAAGCUACGUCAAAAGGGUGAUACGGCCGAGCAUGCUCGUUCCCAAUUCGUUUCUUCGAAUGAGAGGGAUCUAGCAUUCGGAUAUGGCAAGCAUGCAUGCCCCGGGCGGUUCUUCGCAGCGAGUGAAAUCAAGAUUAUUCUGUCAAGGGUGCUCUUGGAGUAUGAUUUCAAGAUGCCUGAUGGGCGUACGAACAGAUACGACCAAAUUAGGCAUGAGAAGAUGCUUACACCGGACACGGAAAAGACAUUGCUCAUGAAACGCACCGUCUGA